AUGUUGCCUCCAGUGAAGAAGGACCGGGUCAUCACUCACCUCCCAAAGUGUUUUAGCCCGAAUGCAGCUCUGCACACCAAAGAAGGCUUCCACCCACAGGUGAAGGCAGCGUGUCAGGUUCAGAAGACAGACAGCUUUAACGUUGCCAAGGUCAUUGUUGUUGGAGACGUUUCAGUUGGGAAAACUUGUUUGAUCAGCAGGUUCUGUAAGGAUGCGUUUGAUCGAAGUUACAAAGCCACCAUUGGGGUGGAUUUUGAGAUGGAACGCUUCGAGGUGCUUGGUGUUCCCUUCAGUUUACAGCUGUGGGACACAGCAGGUCAGGAGAGAUUCAGGUGCAUUGCUUCAACAUAUUACAGAGGAGCACAAGCCAUCAUCGUGGUGUUUGACUUGAGUAGUGUCAGCUCAUUAGCACACGCCAGGCUGUGGCUGGAGGAUGCCAUGAAGGAAAAUGAUCCGUCCAGUGUUUUGCUUUUCCUCGUUGGGACCAAGAAGGACCUCAGCUCUCCUGAACUGUUGGCUCAGACCGAACAGGAAGCCAUCAGACUCUCUGAGGAAAUCAGAGCAGAGUACUGGGCCGUGUCCGCAAAGUCAGGAGACGGAGUCCGGGACUUCUUCUUACGCGUUGCAUCUUUGGCUUUUGAGGCGAACGUUCUGGCUGAGCUGGAGCUGAGUGAGUCGAGGCACGUCAAAGACAUAAUCAGGAUCACAGACAACACAGGAGAUGCCAAACCAAAGAGAAAGUCCAACUGUUGCUGA